CGGCCGGUAAAAUUGUUUUUUUUUGUCAAUUGACAUUUAAGAUUGACAUUUAAGAUUAUUUAUUGUCGUUAAUACAUUUAAUAAGUAAUCCAUUCCCGAAGAACUGAAAAACCUCAUGUUAGUAUAACCCCAAUAAUUUAUGGUUGUGUAAGGUGAUUUAUUCCAUUAAAAGAACGUGCAAGUUGUAGUGUUGCUGGAAAGAAGCUAUGCACAAUCUAAGACCUGAAGGCUUAAACGGAGGCCACAAUCCAGAAAAAAUAUGCAUCCUAGAUGCUGGUGCGCAAUAUGGUAAAGUAAUCGACAGAAAAGUAAGAGAACUAUGUGUGGAAUCUCAUGUACUACCCCUGGACACCCCUGCAUUUAACAUCAAAGAAGGAGGAUACAAGGCUAUCAUUAUAUCUGGGGGCCCUAGUUCUGUAUAUGCAGAAGAUGCCCCAAGAUAUGAUGCCGACAUAUUCCGGAUAGGUUUGCCUGUGUUGGGAAUAUGUUAUGGCAUGCAAAUGAUGAAUAAGGAAUUUGGUGGUACGGUUAUAAGAAAAGAUACUAGAGAAGAUGGCCAGUACACCAUUGAAGUCAAUCCUAAAUGUCUCUUAUUUAAGGGUUUAGAUAAAGCGCAGCAGGUCCUGUUAACUCACGGCGAUUCGAUAGACAAAGUUGCGGAAAAUUUCAAGUCAAUAGCGCAAAGUUCCUCGUUUUGCGCGGGCAUUUUCUACGAAAAAUUACACUUAUACGGCGUUCAAUUUCACCCGGAAGUCGACUUGACCCCCAACGGAAAGUUGAUGCUGAAAAAUUUCCUAUUCGACAUCGCCGGACUCACCGGAAACUUUACUAUGCAAGGAAGGGAAGCCGAGUGUGUAAAAUACCUUCAAGAGGCCGUAGGUCAGAAAAAGGUCCUUCUACUGUGCAGUGGCGGCGUUGACAGUACCGUGUGCGCAGCCCUGCUGCGCAAAGCCUUGCAUCCCGAUCAAGUGGUCAUGAUUCACAUAGACAAUGGGUUUAUGAGAAAAAACGAAAGCCAAAUGGUGUUUGGCGCGUUGCAAAAGGCCGGCAUCUCGGUUCAAAUGUACAACAUGGCGUCGACGUUUUACGAGGGUACGACAGUGGUGCCGAUCGACAAAAGCGACAGCAACUCGCGGACUAAAAUAACGAAAAUGCUGUGCAUGACUGGCGAUCCCGAGGAAAAGCGAAAGAUCAUCGGAGACGUGUUCGUGCGGAUAACGAACGAAGUGGCCGCCGAACUCAAUUUGAAUCCCGAAGAGGUGAUUUUGGGUCAAGGCACGCUAAGACCGGAUCUCAUCGAGUCUGCUUCUCAUCACGCGAGCAGCAAAGCCGACACAAUUAAAACACAUCACAACGAUUCGGAUUUGAUCAGAAAGCUUAGAGACGAGGGCAGAGUCGUCGAGCCUUUGAAAGACUUUCACAAGGACGAGGUGAGGCAGCUGGGUAGAGACCUGAACUUGCCCGAGCACCUGGUGAUGAGGCAUCCGUUCCCAGGCCCCGGUCUCGCAGUGCGCGUUCUCUGCGCAGAAGAACCGUACAUGGAGCGCGACUUUUCCGAGACGCAAGUCCUCGUGAAAAUCAUCGUGGAGUUCAAUCAGAUGUUGAUGAAGAAACACGCCUUACUUAACCGAGUGGAGGGAGUUACAAGUGAUGAUGAAAGGGAAAUUUUACGUAGAAUAUCGAGCAAACAGAAGCUGGCGGCCACGCUGCUGCCGAUCCGCAGCGUGGGCGUGCAGGGCGACUGCCGGUCGUACUCGUACGUGGCGGGCAUCAGCAGCGACCAGGAGCCCGACUGGGACGACAUGAUGUUCCUGGCGGCGCUGAUACCGCGCAUAUGCCGCAACGUAAACCGCGUCUGCUACGUGUUCGGCGGCAUCGUCAAGGAGCCGCUGCCCGACGUCACGCCCACCUUCCUCACCGGCAACGUGCUCGGCACGCUGAGGCAGUGCGAUCACGUCGCCAUGCGGGUGUUGGAGAGCAGCGGCCACCUUAGUUCAAUAAGUCAAAUGCCUGUGAUUCUUAUUCCGUUAGAUUUUGACCGGGACCAGGCGCUGAGGAUCCCCUCGUGUCAAAGGUCGAUCGUUUUGCGGCCUUUUUGCACGCAAGAUUUCAUGACCGGCGUGCCUGCCGUCCCAGGCAAACAGCUACCUAUUGAUGUUAUACAAAAGAUGGUGUCGGAAGUGGUUCAGGUGCCUGGAAUUUCUCGUGUUUUGUACGAUUUAACCUCAAAACCGCCGGGGACAACGGAGUGGGAAUGAGUAAGGAACACCGUAUUUAUAGCAACAAGUGUCUGAAAUUGAAUAAAUUAUUGAUUGUGUAAUUUGAAUAUUGAUAGAUCUGGACAGACUUUUUUAAAUGUUUCUGUUUUAAAUCGUUAUUUGUCAUAUUAUAUAAUUAAAUUACCAAGUUACGGCACAUUUGGAUAUAUCCCAAUGCGUUAUACAAAUUGGUGGACAUAUUUUAGCAUUGCAUUGAGUUGUAUUUAAAUGUCACUUCACAGUUUUUAAAAAAUGCACCACGCAUGGCUCAACUAUUGUUGUAUGCGAUAUUUAUAAAUAAAAACAUUGUUAAAACAUUUAUCAAGGCAUAUGUUGGUCUUUAUACUUUUUUUUUUUCUAAUCUUAAAUUAUUUGUACUAUUUCUUUUCGAAACUAUCAUUUUCAAUUAAUUAUACUGCAUAACUUAUUAAAAUAUAUUGUUUACUUUCAAUAAAACAGUUAUAUUACAAA